UGUAGUAGUGACACGUUUCCCGCAAACCUGGAAAGAGACGGGGGAUGGCACCUGGCCUUCUGUGAGCUCUGGGCUGCCAGGUGGGAACAAUGAGUGGGAAGGGAAAUCUCAGGCGGGGUGCAGGGCCCUUCCCCGCUGGCUCUCAUGACCCCAACAGUAGCAGCCGCAGUGCCAGCCUCCCUGUCUUGCUACCAGAGCUCCGGAACCCAGAUGAAAAUGGGUUAACUCGGUCAUGGAAGAUCGUUCUAAGUAUGAUGUUUACAUUGACUUUUCUUCUUGUUGGGCUUCGAAAUCAUCAGUGGCUUAAAGAAGCAGAGUUUCCUCAGAAAUACAGACGAUUACAUGCCAUAGUUGCAGAAUAUGGUACAAGGGUUUAUAAUUACCAGGCCAGGCUGCGGAUGCCCAGAGAACAGCUGGAACUCCUGAAGAGGGAAAGCCAGGCUCUGGAGAACAAUUGCCGAGAAAUUCUACUGCUGAUGGAGCAGAUGGACAUGCUGAGGGCCCUGCUCAGGGACGUGAAGGGCGGAACUGACCGUGACAGUGGGAGGGACCCCGGGCGUGUCCCCCAGGGGCAGGACGUCACGGAGGAGCCAGACGAGGAAAUGUUCAACUUAGUACACCACAUACUGAAAAAGUUGAGAGAGGACCAAGUGCAAAUGGUGGAUUACGCCCUGAAGUCGGCAGGGGCCUCCAUUGUUGAAUCUGAAACCUCGGAAAGUUACACAAAUAAUAAGACAAAACUGUACUGGCAUGGGAUCGGGCUCCUAAGUCAUGAAAUGCCACCAGAUAUCAUUCUUCAGCCCGACAUCCACCCUGGAAAGUGCUGGGCCUUCCCGGGUUCCCAGGGUCACAUCCUAAUCAGACUCGCCCGGAAGAUCAUCCCAAUGUUGGUCACCAUGGAGCACAUCUCAGAGAAGGUGUCACCGUCGAGAGACACGUCCAGUGCACCCAAGGAGUUCUCUGUCCAUGUGAGCCACCGCGGACCCUCGCAGUUGAGCGGGGAGCAGGAGCUGCACCCUCCGGGUCUUCAGAAGAGAUGUGGAGGAGAAGAAAUUUUCCUAGGUCAGUUUCUCUAUAACAACACGGGAAGCACCAUUCAGACAUUUGACCUACAGCAUGGAAUUUCUGAAUCCUUAUUAUGCGUGAGACUGAAAAUCCUCAGCAACUGGGGACAUCCGAGCUAUACUUGCGUGUAUCGGUUCCGAGUCCACGGUGUCCCCAGCGACCUCACCUAGAGGUACCGGGGCCAGGACAGUGGCCCCACGCCCGGCACACGGCAAGUUUCCUGGUCGAUAGAUUAGACCUCACCCCUGGCAACCCAAAGUGGGGAGGUGGGGAGAAACCUCAGAGUGGUUCCUAUUUGUCAGAAAAAACGAAUGCA